GGGAGUUGAGGGGCCCCCGAACACUGAUCUCCAAGGGGAAGGGGCGGGGUGAGACAGCCAGCGGUGAGUGACUUUAUGAUAGGGGAGCAGGGCGGGGGAGAAGGGGUCCAGGCGGGGGAAGGAGAGAGCAAGUGCAGACAGCUUGUGAUUUGUGGUCCAGAGGUAGGAAGCAGAUGUCUGGAGUGCUGAGAGAUGAGCGGUAGAGGAGUCUAACCCUUGGCACCUUAAAAGUAAGCAGGGUGGGGAGAUCAAACGCCUGAAUUCUCAGGACUGGGAAGAUAGGAUUCUAUUGAGAAAAUUUGUUGAGGGUAGCGAUCAAGGGGAGUACUCUCAUUGUCUAAAAUGAUGCCCUCCCCCUUUUCUCUGGUCCUUAUAGUUUCACUCCAGACCUCUCCCAGUCCCGUGAGACUUCGCCUGAUUUUAUACUGGGUGCACUAAAGGUUGCAUGAAUCCGGCUGGAUUCCGUAGUCUUCCUCGCUUCCUUUAAGGAGCGAGGCUUCCAAUCCAUCUCCUGCCUUUCUUUCCUCCUUCCUCCCGAACAGCCUUUGCUUCCCCUCGGAGUCUCAAGCAUCUGACCCGGGAGUCCUUUAUCGACUACUAAUAACGAAGGGUUAAGGGGGUGAAAAAGUAAAAGGAAAAAAGAGAGACAGCCAAGGUGUGUGGCUGGGAUGGGGACCCCGGGGGAGGGGCUUGGCCGAUUUUCCCAUGCCCUGAUCCGGGGGGUCCCAGAAAGUCUGGGCAAAGAGGAGGAAGGAAUAGCAGUUGGUCUCCCACCUCUGGACCUGGCGAAGGCACAGCGAGAACAUGGAGUGUUGGGAGGGAAACUGAGGCAGCGCCUGGGUCUUCAACUAUUGGAAUUGCCCCCUGAAGAACAACUGCCAUUUGGACCCCUGCUGGGAGACACAGUUGUGAUACACGGAGACACAGCCCUCAUCACUCGACCCUGGAGCCCUUCUAGGCGGCCGGAAGUGGAUGGAGUCAGACGGGCCCUGCAGGAUCUGGGACUGCGGAUCGUAGAGCUCAAAGAUGAGAACGCCACACUGGAUGGGACCGACGUGCUGUUCACAGGCCAUGAGUUUUUCGUGGGCCUCUCUAAGUGGACCAACCACCGAGGAGCUGAAAUUGUUGCCGACACAUUCAGGGACUUUGCCGUUUCCACUGUGCCCGUUUUGGGCCCUUCCCACUUACGAGGGCUCUGCGGAAUGGGAGGGCCCCGAACCGUCUUGGCUGGCAGCAGCGAAGCCGCGCAAAAAGCUUUGAGGGCUAUGGCGGCGCUGACCGAUCACCCCUAUGCCUCCCUUACUCUCCCAGACGACGCGGCCGCAGACUGCUUAUUUCUGAGGCCGGGACUCCCGGAGGCGUCUCCUUUCCUGCUGCAUCGAGGGUGUGGGGACUUGCCCAACAGCCAGGAGGUGCUGCAGAAACUACCUGAUGUGACUCUGGUACCAGUGUCUUGCUCCGAGCUGGAGAAGGCCGGGGCAGGGCUCAGCUCCCUUUGCCUCUUCCUCAACACCCGCCCCCACAGCUAAGAGAUCUCCAAAUGUGGAAUCAGUGAAGUAGGAAGAAUAGAAAAGGAAAGAUGAGUUUACCUGUGGGAUGAGAAGUAGAAGAAGCUAGGUGUGGGGUAGGAACCAGGGUUUGGGGUGGGGAAGGGGGAACAGAUCGGAUCCCUGAUAAUAAAAUGGAACUAACCUUUUAGGCUUCA